AAGCGUACUGCUUCACAUACACACAUAUACACAUACAUAUACACACACAGCACUCGAAGAAUGACAUUUAAAACUUAUAACUGAGGACAGGACGGAAACAAACAGACUACACGGGAAGGUAAUACAUAGUGACAGCGUGUGUUAUAUGGUUUAAGCAAGUAGACAACAACGUCGAGAGAAAGCAGUUUCGACGAAAACAUCAGCGAUGGAUCUCAACAACGAUCUGGACCAACACUUGCUACACCAGUUCAGUUGUCUGGGCACCACAGACAAAGAUGAUCUGGUGAAGCAGCUGCAGAAGCUGCUCGCUGGUAGCCAUCUGAAUGAAGCCACCGCCGAAUUCUUCCUGGACAUGAACAAUUGGAAUUUACAAGCAGCAAUUUGCAGCUAUAUAGAUUUUGAGUCACCUAAAAGUUUUUGUAUGACAUUAGUAUGUGAUAGUACAAUUGGUGGGGGAGAAGCUGUGACACCUAACACAAACUUUUUGAAGUCAUGGCGUGUGCAGAACAGUGGCACAGAAGCUUGGCCAAAAGGAGUUUUUUUGCAAUUGGUUAGUGGUACAUUUAUGGGUCGAUCACAAAUACCAGUGCCACCACUGGCUCCCAAAGAAACUACAGAAUUAAGUGUAACAUUGAUAAGUCCAUCUGAGAAUGGUGUUUAUCAAAGUAAAUGGAGAAUGGCAGUUGAAUCUACCCAGCAAGGUGAAGACAAUUCUCCAGUCUACUUUGGUGAUGUUAUCUGGGUGAUCAUAACUGUGAGUGAAAGCGGCACAUUGGCAGUUACUCAACAAUUACAUCGGUUAAGUACACAGUCUAAUGAUGUACAGAUGUGCUAGCCUUUGACGUACAAAAAUUUUCAGUAAUAAAAGGUUACAGAAAUUUUGCAUUAUUUGUUUAUGUUGUCUCUUGGAUCAGAUAUUAUUUCUAAAUUGGAUCAGAUAUUAUUUCUAAAUUGUGCAAAAAAAAUGUUUUUCUUUUUACAAUGGAGUUUGCAUCGCUCCUGCACCUCAUAGCAAGAUUGCAAUGGGAUAAACCUGGCCACUUGUGUAUUGAUCAGAAAAAAAAAAAAAAAAAAAAACGAUGUAAGCUUUGAUUUUUAAAAUGUAUUUUGGAAAAUAUAUCUUCAAUAAAAUUUUAUUCGAAUCUUUUUUUCUAUAGAAAAAAAAUUACACAAUGCAGAAAUCAUUUUUACUUUUGAUGUUUGUUUCUCUAUUUUUUGGCCGAAAACUUUACAUAAAAAUAUUGAAUUUGCAUACGUACAUACGCAUUUUCUACGGAUCAUAUUUAUUGUUAGUCAUGUAUCAUACUUAGGAAGUGAUUGUACAAGGCCUUUUCGUAAUCGUCCAAAUUUAUCGAUAACAUUGCGCGUAAUACUUUUACUGAAAUAACAUUUAUAUGUAUGAUGUAAAAGAGCAAAAGGAUAAAAGUGCGAUAAGUUUAUCGACCUACGUUUGA